GCGCGGCGCUAUCAGGGAGCGCAGGGGCUCGUGGCCUCAGCGCUGAUAACACGCGCGCACACGUUCUCGGACACGCACGAGCUCACAGCGGAUCGGAGGAGCGGCGCGAGACGCAGUUUGGGCUGAAACCGUUGGAUUUUGCGCGAGACUCUGUUUAAAGGCCUUUGAGUCGACCGUUUUCAUCACGGAGAUGAACCUCCUCGCUGACUGAGCGUGACGUCAUCCAGGGAAACCUCUUUUUGUCAUCCCGAAUGAUGAUGCAGAAGAGGCCGGCCCGUACCUCCCCAGGCAGCGUGUGUUCUUUGAGGGGAGGAACCAUGCCAGGAUCUCCAGCGGUCACUAUAGUGGCCAAAAUGGACAAUCAGGUGAUCGGCUACAAGGACUUGGCUGCCAUCCCUAAGGACAAGGCCAUUCUGGACAUAGAGCGGCCGGACCUGAUGAUGUACGAGCCACACUUCACUUACUCAACACUGGAACACUCAGAGAGGUCCCUCUCCCCGCGCUCUCUCUCUCCUCCUCCAUCUCCUGAGAACGCUGUGCUGAAGGACAGGGAUUGGCUGGAGCAGAAGUCCUCUGGAAGCUCCUCCCCCUCCACACUGCCACUGUGUCGGAGCAGCAGUGUGAGCAAAACUCAGCCUCAACAGCAGCACUUCCACAGACCAGAUAACGGCACCAACAUAUACAAGAAGCCCCCUAUAUAUAAACAAGAUGUAUCGGGUCAUAUCCCCCACAGUAAGCACAUGGAAGAUCUGAUUAUUGAGUCGUCUCGGUUCCCCGGAGCUCAGCCGCCCGACCCCAACCAGCCCUCCAAGAUCGAGACCGAGUACUGGCCCUGCCCUCCAUCACUCGCUGUUAUUGAGACAGAGUGGAAGAAGAAGGCUGCGUCUCAGAAAGCUGAAGGAGAGGACGGCGAGGAUGAGGACGAGUAUGAUGAAGGAGAUCUGUCGGACGACAUGUGGAGACUCAGACAGAUGCAGAAACAGGAGCUCAACAGGAUUCAGUCUAAUCUGGGGAAGCUGAUACUGAAGGAGGAGAUGGAGCGGGCGGUUCCGGUUCAGAGGAAAACACGUUCUCUGCCGGACCGAACAUACGGACACCUGGGACCCAAAUCUCCUUCGUUCCCUAGCUACAGCCGCAGCGGCCUGACCAGGCUCCAGUCGGCAGAGUUUUCAUCAUCACACAGCGAGAAAGGCUGCCAGAAUUUACAGAAUGGAGACGCGGAGAGCCGCAGGAUGGACAGAGGAAACUCUCUGCCCACCAUGCUGGAGCACAAGAUUUAUCCCUAUGAGAUGCUGGUCGUGACUCACCGGGGCAGAAAUAAACUCCCACCCGGCGUGGACAGGAUGAGGCUGGAGAGGCACCUGUCUGAGGAGGAGUUUAAGAAUCUGUUCGGAAUGACGAUGGAGGAGUUCGAUCGGCUCUCCCUGUGGAAGAGGAACGACUUGAAGAAGAAGGUCUCGCUCUUCUAGCGCUGAGAACGCUGAGGGGGGAAAAAACAACUAAUGAAAAAGAAAAAAAAAAUCACGUAACUGCACUUCUGCUUGGGACAAUGUGAAGAAGACGAUGAGAAACUGACUGGACGAAGGAUGUGACGCUUCGGGGCCCGACUGCGUCCCGGAUAUCUCAGCAUGUCAGAACCCUUGACGUCACGCCUCUGGUUGCAGCUACUAUACGAGCCCUCGACUGGAUUUGAAUGCAGGCCCACAGUGAUAGCUUGGUGCUUUUGUGUAUGAUAAGUGAGACUAGACUCAGAAAAAGGAUGAAAAAAGCUGAUAUUUUUAGCUCCACCUGCUGAAAACCAGUGUCCAGUUCAGUAGAAGCAUUCCAGCGUCCACACAGGCUACUGGCUCUGACCACCACUAAACACUGCCACACUCUGAGCUAACUGCCACGAUGAGCUAUAAGCUAAUAAUGAACUUAUUUCUUACUGACCGGACCAUCGGAACGCUUUACUGACGGAUGGAAAGCAUUUGAGUUACGACGAAGCUCAAUCUGAUUUCUGUACAGUUGAUUUAAGAUGCUGUUGUGGAUGGUUUGAUUACUUUUGCUCAAUUAAAGCGAUAGUUUGGUGACCCAGUCCAGCCCCUUUCCCCCAAACUGGUGUCUGAAGUUGGCCUGUUUAGCUUUGGACUGGAGCUACAAGGCUAAUGUAGCUAACUAGCAAUGGAGGCUUAUACCCCGCUAGUUAGCAUUGUGCUAACUGCAUGCCUAAAUUGUUAUACACUUGCCUCAAACUGGAGCUAUGAGGCUAAUGUAGCUAGCAAGUAAUGGAAGCUUACACCCCACCAAUUAGCACAUUGCUAACAGCACGGCUAAACCAUCACACACUCGCCUCAAACCGGAGCUACAAGGCUAAUGUAGCUAGCUGGUAACGGAAGCUUACAUCCCACUAGUUAGCAUUGUGCUAACUGCAUGCCUAAGUCAUCACACAGUUGCCUCAAACUGGAGCUACAAGGCUAAUAUAGCUAGCAAGUAAGUGGAUGCUUAUACCCAACCAGUUAGCAUUGUGCUAACUGCAUGACGAAAUUUCACACACUCGCCUCAAACCGGAGCUACAAGGCGAAUGUAUAGGCAACUGUAGUCAUGCGUCAUGCUGUAGUCCUCAUUAUGCCCGUAUUAGGAACUCCGGGCCUCUAGCGCCCCCUGUGUUCAAUAAAAAUGCUCAGAACCCGAUUCGUUCUGUUCUGUGUACAUUUUUCUCCCGAAUACAACUGGAUCCUCUGAACUAUGAGGUCGUUAAAGAGCUAUAAUACUAACAUUGCUAAAUACGAUCCAUUUGAUGUCACUAAGCUACAUGAAGCUACGGCGGGCUGUGGCGGUGCUCUGGCGAGCUGAGCUACCUUAUCAAAAUGUUCUACCAUAGCACAUAAUUACAGAUAUACCCGUAAAUAAAUCCUCUAUUUGUGAUAUUAUGAUAGGCAAAGACACUACCCGUGUUAAAACUACGAGGCUGAAUUCAGCUUCUUUUUUCACAGCUUCUUCUUAAAAGGUUCCAGUUGCUUGUUUGCUCCGGCUGCUUGUUUGAAUUUUCCCGUUCCACCUUAAAGGGUGCAGCAGUCACAUUCUGAACUCCUGCGCCAUUUAAGGUGGGACGAGGACAAAACGCUGGCGUUUAAUGUCACCGGCAUUAAAAUAAUACGGAUGAUAUUCCGAGAGCCGAAGUCAGUUUAUCAGCGGUGAGCAGUGAUUAUUCAGCUGAGUCUGUGCAGCAUCAGCCUGAGUGCAGGUACGUUUGUAGAUCUUUUCAAAUCAAGCUCUAAAAGGAAAGAUCUUGUUUUCAGUGAGCAUCAGAUGAAGGACGGAGAACUGCAGGGAAAGUUUCCCUUCAGUUUGACGAAGCCUGAUGAAGGAGGAUGCCAGUCUAAUGACGUGAACAGCAGCUUUAACGACCUCGUAUUUCAGACGAUCCGGUUGAAUUGAGAGAAGAGUGUUCACGGGACGAAACGUGUGGGGCUCUGAACAUUGUUAUUGAACACAGGGGGCGCUAGAGACGAUUUAAGUCUGACCACAGAGAAUCGGAGCUUAGACCCAGAGUCCUAAUGUGGGUGGUGUUAGGAGUCUUGCCCAAGGGCUCUCAUUGGCUUACCCAGGUGGGGCUUGAACCUCAGUCUACAGCAUAGAAGGCUGAGGUGUUAUCCACUACACUGUCCAGCCACAGGACCACGGAGGUCUGUUUGGCAAAUAAUGGAAUAUUUUCAUCCACUAGUUAGCGUUGUGCUAACUGCAUGCCUACAUUAACACACACUAACUGCCUGGAACUGCGAGGCAAAUGUAGCUAACCAGUAAUAGGAGCUUAUACUCCCCCAAUUAGCGUUUGGCUAAUUGCAUGCCUAAACCACCACACACCUGCCUAAAACUGGAGCUACAAGGCUAAUGUAGCGAACUGGUAAUGGAAGCUUAUACCCCACCAAUUAGCAUUGUGCUAACUGCCUGGCUAAAAUAUCACAAACAGGCUCAUGUUUCUAAAUGGCUACAUAAGAGCUUGAAGCGAUUUAGGCUCGAUGAUAAUUGGUGGGGUGAAAGCUUCCGUUACUUGUUAGCUACAUUAGCCUCGUAGCUCCGGUGCCAAACUAAAGAAGCAAACUUGGCCGAUCGACUACGUUUGGGGUGGCGUGGGUGCAUUUUAUUCUCUACCAAACUUUCACUUUAAUAGUAAAAAAUUCGAUAUGUAAAACUUUCUUUCUUUCUUUUCACACAUUUCAGACGUGUCUGUAUGCGUUGAUGCAAAUAUCACCGAUGCAGAAAUCGCUGGUAGAUAAUGGCAUCAGUUUCUAUAGCAACGAUCUGCAGUUUGCUGGGUACAUUAGAGAGAGUUCACCCAGCGUUACACUGCCUGUGGAAAGUCUGGGGCUCACCUCGUCUUCGUAUAAAAUAUUAAUAUAUAUAAAUGAUAUAAAUUCUCAGUGAAAUAAUAAAUAUUCACUAUGAACUAAUGUGUCAAGUGUAGUGAAGGAAGGUGGUCAGAGCGCCCCCUGCUGUUAGUGUUCAGACGUAGGUUAACAGUGAAUUAGAGACACGACACAUUACAGUCCGUACAGCUCAACGAAGGAUCAACUGACAGUAAAAGACGGAAAUAGUGUUUACAAACAUUCACUCGCCAGAAAAUGUCGUGUACAUUUAAUGCGCAAAGCGUCUAAAAACCACAUGUGAACAAGACACGCGGCAUUAUUUGAAUAAUAUGUGAACACGUGACACGUCAAGCCCGGAAACGGCGCACGCGAGCACACUUUUUCUCACGUGACACUGCGUGUGAUAACGUUUUUGCGUGUGAUAACGUCACGUGAUCCAAUUUUUAAAAAAACAUCACACGUUUUUCAAAAUUGUGAAAAAUGUGUGGUGUCAAGAAUUCACGUGAUUAUUCAAACGUGAGAUUUGUGUGGAUUUUUUUCUUUUCCUCCCAAGUGAUCACACGUUUUUUUCGUUUUGGACAUGAUCAGUUUUUUUUUUUACAUGACCACUUUUAUCACGUGUGAUCAGAAGUUUUUGCGAAAAAAAAUUGUGUGUUGUCUAAAAUCGCAUGAUUAUUCAUACGUGAGAUUUAUGUGUGUCUUUGUGAGGGUUUCCCCUCACAGUGACAUCACUGGUUGCAGUUGUGCUGAGCUUGUGUUGCAAAAUGACUUUAACAGAAUUUCCAGCUUUUUUUUUUUUUUAAAUCUGUUAGAGACAAAAAGAGUCAAAAUACUUUAAACACUGCCAGCAGGUGGCGCCGGUCUGAGAUCUCCCAUUACAUGUUUACCUUCAGUGCAAAGGUGGCUUAAAUACCAGGAACGGGACUUACAAGAGCUUUCUUAAGAAAAAACCUGUAAAGGUUCAUAAAAGACAAACACUAAAAACGUCAUAAGUUCUCAAAAAAAAAAUACGUAAGAAGUUUUCAGACGUUCUGAUAAUAGUAAUUAAUUUCUUAACAUUUUCUUAAAAAUGUGAGUUUUUCAUGAGUGUCACGUUUGAAUAAUCGUGUUACUUUUAGACGCCACACAAUUUCUAUUACAAGAAAGUGAAAAAUCUACCAUCACACGUGAAAAAAACGUGAUCAUGUGGAAAAAAUCGAUCAUGUAAAAAACUGAUCACAGGAAAAAAACGUGAUUAUGCACAAAACUGUGUUAAAAAACGUGUGAUCACAUUCAUUUUGGGGGCGGUAUGCAUGAAUCUCACGUUUGAAUAAUCACGUGAAUUUUUGAUUCCACACAUUUCUCUGAAAAAUCUGAAAAACAUGUGAUCCUAUUUGUAAAAAAUUGGAUCACGUGUGAAACAGCAUUCGUAAUAAACAUCACUGUUUUUGAGGGAAAGCUUGCAGACUAAUUGGUUUCCUACGUGGGCUACGUUGCAUUUUACCACGUACCGUAAACGACGUGAGACGACGUGUUAACUGUGAUUUCGUUUAAUCCGCUCAGAGGAACAAAAUUGAGGAAUAACGUCAAACCAAGAGUUUAAAAACUAGUUUUAAGCAACAAAGGCAUUCAUUUAGAUGCUCACCUCGUCAACUCUUACAGCCUAAGGCAGUGAGAGUCUAUCGUAAAGUUAAGAACUCGUUCUUAAAACAAUUCUUAUUAAAAAAAUAUUUACGAAAAAGAAAAUGACAUAAUUAAGUAAGAAAUUAAGUUUGAGGAACAAAAAUGUCUCGUAACGUUUCUCUGAAGAAUGAAGUUGAGAAAACCCCCAAACGCUUUGAACGCUGACAUCACAACCAGAGGGUGGAGUGGGCGUGGCCUUUGGACUUCACACGCUUUAGUAUGGUGUUUGUAGUGAAGCCGAAUCAUUCGUGUUCAAAGCGACUCGGAAAACUGGGUGUCCCCAAACUUUUGACGAGCAGCGCGCAUGCGACCUGCAUGAGAAACGUACCGGACCCUUUAACCUUAAAUCAGAUAUAUGAUCGAUAAUUGAUUGUAAAAAUGAUUCUGAUCAAUACUGAUCAGCCCCCUCCAUAACCCCCCCCCCCUUUACCCUCCUCCUCGUUUACCCUCCCCCUGUUCUGCUGCUACUGCGUUCUAAAGCACUUUCACCGAGUGGUUAUUUCCUCUUUUCUGGAGUGGAUGGAGAGAUUCCUCUUCUAAAGGAUUAAUGAUAGACGCUAGAUGAUGAAGAUGAAGAUGAUAAAGACAUUUUUAGGACUUCUGCAUGGCCUGGCUAAUGGUUUUGAGUUUCUCGCAGCCCUGACCUUUCACCCCUGUAGAUAUAUAUAUAGUUUACCUACCCCCCCAACCCCCCCCCCCCCAACCGCUGACCUGCUUUCAGUUCAGUCCACAUACAGAGAUCUAAUCUGGAGAGUUUGAAUCUGAAUGAAGGAUUUUUUGAUAUAGAUUGAAUCUGCUUGUGUUGAUUCAGUGACCAAAUGACGUGCAGCUACUGUCUCUCUCUCUCUGUCUCUCUCUGUCUCUCUCUCUCUCUCUCUGUCUCUCUCUGUGUCUCUCUCUCUCUCUCUCUCUCUCUCUCUCUCUCUCUCUGUUUGUCUACCUACAUUGUGGCAUAACUAUAAACAGAACGACAAUAAAGAAAGACUUUAAAAUGCGCAAAUCGAUGAUUUAGAAAUAAACGCUCCACUCAGAACCUGCCAUCAGUUGCAGCAGUUUGAUUCGGUUGUGAAGCUUUAGGAACUGAUUCGAUUGUCUUGUCAUUCAAUUUGAAUCUGAUUCUUUAGAAAUGAAUUCUAAUGUAACAUUGAUUCACUUGUGCCAUUAUUCAGUUUGAUUAUGAUUCUUUAUGAAACGAUUCAGUUGAGCCAUGACCAGUUCUUCAGGAGUGAUUCAUUUGCCACAUGAUUCUGUCUGAUUCCUAUUCUUUAGGCUAUCAUUCAACUACAGAAUAAAUCAAUUUGAUUGUGAUUCUUUGGACAGUGAUUUAGUUAUGCUAAGAGUUCAAUUUGCUUCCAGUUUCAGGAAAUGAUUCAUUAGGACCGUGGCUUCAAAUUGAUUCCAGUUCUUUAGGAAAUUAUUCAGUUGUAACAGUUUGAUUCAGAUUUUUUGGGGAUUGAUCCAACUGUGCCAUGACUUUAUUUUUAUUCCAAAUCUUAGGAACUGAUUCAGCUGUACCAUUAUUCAGUUUGAUUUCUUUAGGAAAUGAUUCAGUCGUAACAUUUUUCAAUCUGAUUCAGAUUCAUAAGGAUUCAAUUGUGCCAUGAGGUUCAGAAAAUUAUUCAUUGGGGCCAUGGCUUCAAUUUGAUCCCACUUCUUUAGGAAAUGAUUCAAUUCUAACAUUUUUCAAUUUGGUUAAGAUUUUUAAGGAAUUGAUUCAAUUGUAUCAUGACUUUAAUCUUUAGGAACUGAUUCGGUUAAACUGUCAGUUUGAUUCCAGUGUUAGGCACUGAUUCAUUAGGACUGUGGCUUCAAUUUGAUCCCAGUUCUUUGGGAAACAAUUCAGUUGUAACAUUUUUCAAUCUGAUUUAGAUUUUUAAGGAUUCAGUUGCACCAAGACUUUGAUGCUUUUAAUAUUCAAAUUUAGUGGACAGCAAAUGACGUUCAUCUAUUCACUGCGCAUAAUUUAGCAGAUUAAAAAAUGAGAGUUUAUAAAGUGGCAGGUCGUGGUGAUUUACUGCCUUUGGAUAAACAUGUAUUUAAAAGACUUUUAUUGUGGAAAUCGUAGCACUGAGCUGCUGUUUGAAUUCAUAUGUUUUUGUGACGUCACAAACAUGAACGCAUACGCGUGUGUUCAACCAGGCCUAAUCCACAGCGAAGUUAUACGGAGUGUUUCAGCUCAGACUGCACUGUGAAUGAGGCCAAAUGCAGGUCCAAUCAGAGCAGAGCUCAUUUACAUAUCAGUCUUAAAGGCACAGGAACAUUCAGGCAUUGAAACAGGCUGGAAAUGGUCAUGUUAACAUGAAUCACGACUAGUACAGAAAGCAAAAAGGUCAGAAAUGCUGAAUACGGACCCUUUAAUGAACUUCAUUAAAGGGACUCUGAAAAAAUAACCCUUCUGAUGAGAAACUUGAGAGACUAUGCCUGAUUUGUGGGGGCUUUCUAGCCCACCCCCAAAAGCGGCUGUAGUCCUACCACCUUCAGGUUACAUCAUCACAAAGGGGGCUCUCGUCAUCAGGCCGAGUGACCCUUUAAAGGACCACUCCACUGAUUUUUUUGAACUAACCUCACUUUGCUGCAUCUGGUUGAUCAGCACUGGCAAAGACGUCCAUUUAUUUAGAGAAGAACAGUAAGCAAAAGAGCUUUACCGUGGAUGCUAAGGGUGGGCGAUGUGGCAAAAAUAUUUAAUCACGAUACUUCGAGACGUAUUCACGACACCCGAUGUCCAUCGCGAUGUUUAGCCUGGUGUUUGGCCAGACAAGAACCUGCGGUGCCCCAUUUAAAAACACUAUUAUAAUAAUAAACCUGCAACCGCAGUGAUUUCUAUUCGCUCUGCACUAAAUCCACUUAAACAGGCCUCACUUUGUAAUCAAAUGUGUAGUUGGCCAGUGUUAUCGAAGUACUGACGAUACCCAAAACAUAAUUUAUCACAAUAGCGAUAAAAUAUCGUCAUAUCGCCCACCCUUAGUGGAGGCCCCCUGGAAGAUUCAGCAUCUGCCCAUUGAAUUCUAUUAUAACCGACUUUGGACUCCACGCGUUUUCUGAUCUUUUCUGAGUGCAGAGAGACGUAUUUAAGCCGUCAUCUGUGGUGAUGGGCUGUUCGCCACAGACGCAGCAAAUAAAGGUUAGGUUGAAAAUGGAUCGACGUAUUCCUUUAAUUACUCCAACCGGAAAGAUACAGACCAGAGAUGAUGCAGCUCAGCCACUAGUCACUGCCUUAGGGGAGUCGCAACACAGCACCAUCACCACAAAACCCACUCUCUCUUUCUUUAUUUGCUUCUUUCUUUAUUCCUUCUUUUAAUGUGAAGGUGUGCUGAAUGAAAAACAAACAAACAAGCAAAAAAAAAAACAACAGAAAUAAUCAUAUUGAGUUAGUAUGGUGAGUGUCCGGUGUUCAGGUUCAGGUGUGUUUCUGUUUAGUUCUUUCUGUUAUGGCUCUGAGUUUAUUCUCAUUUACUCUUAUCGAUUAAUCGGCACUCUGGUGAACAGUUAGUACUUGAAUUUUCUGUUUAAUAAAGUUUUUUGGAGUUUA